CGGCCCGUCGAGUCGGGGCGCCGGCCCAUGGCCUUCAUGAUGAUGAAGAAGAAGAAGUUCAAGUUUAAGGUGGAGUUGGAGCUGGACGAGCUGUCCUCCGUGCCCUUCGUCAACGGCAUCCUCUUCUGCAAGAUGCGGCUGCUCGACGGGGGCAGCUUCGUCGCCGAGUCCUCCAGGGAAGUGGUGCAAGCAAACUGUGUUCGCUGGAGGAAGAAGUUCUCAUUUAUGUGUAAAAUGAGUGCUAGCGCUACUUCGGGCAUUCUAGAUCCUUGCAUCUACAGAGUAUCUGUGAGGAAGGAAUUAAAAGGUGGAAAGGCCUAUGCAAAGCUGGGCUUUGCAGACCUAAACCUAGCAGAGUUUGCUGGAUCGGGAAAUACUACUCGGCGUUGCUUAUUGGAAGGUUAUGAUACCAAAAAUACCAGGCAGGAUAAUUCCAUUCUUAAAGUUUUUAUCAACAUGCAGCUCAUGUCAGGGGACCCGUGCUUUAAAACGCCUCCUUCCACGUCAAUGUCUCUACCAGUUGCUGGUGAAUCAGAAUCUCUACAUGAAGACAGAAAGGGUGGAGAAACUCUCAAGGUUCAUCUUGGAAUAUCAGAUCUGUCAUCAAAGAGCGCAUCAGUCCCAGAUGAACUUGGAGCCUGUGGACAUUCCAGAACAUCAAGCUAUGCAAGCCAGCAAUCCAAAGUGUCAGGCUAUAGCACGUGCCACUCAAGGUCAUCUAGUUUCUCUGAGCUUUCCCAUAGGAGAAAUACUUCAGUGGGAAGUGCAUCAACAGGAGUUGAAAGUAUCCUAGAGCCAUCUGAAGAAACCGAGCAAAAGGGAGUUGACCCUCUCCCCGACGUAUCUGCCAGACAAGAUGCAUCUUCAGAAAAACUCAGCAGGCACCCAGUGAAGCAAGACUCGGUGGAGUCUCAGCUGAAGCGGGUUGAUGCCACUAGAGUGGAUGCAGAUGACAUUGUGGAAAAAAUAUUGCAGAGUCAAGACUUCAGUUUAGACUCCAGUGCAGAAGAGGAAGGUCUGAGAUUGUUCGUGGGUCCUGGAGGAAGUACAUCCUUUGGAAGUCACCAUUUACCAAAUAGAGUGGGUUCUGGAGCUUAUGAACAAGUUGUGAUCAAGCGCUAGAAGCCUCAGAUUCAUGAAAUGGAGAUUACCGGUGAACUUUAUACAUGGAUAAUUGGACCAGAUCAUUUCAUCUAAGCUGAGGUGAAAAAAUCAACUUCUGAAAAUCGGAUAACUUCCUUGCAGCAAAAAGCAAAACAACAUUGAUCUGUUUUGUUGGUUUCAGUGCUUCCUGCCAAGAAAGGGCAGAUGGCACCCCCCUGCUUCAGGGGUAACAAGACAGUGUGGAGUAAUUUGGACCUUAUAAGUGUAGCGGCCGUUGCUAUGAAUCUCAAAUAAUGUUGGUGCAAUAUUUCCUUUGUACUCUCUAGGUAUGAACCAGUAACAUCAAUGUGGGUUGGCAGGAUGACGGCAGAAAUUAUUUUCUCUCUCUCUCUCUCUGUAUGUAUGUAUGUACAUAUAUGUAUAUAUGUAUAUAUACAUAUAUGAACGUAAUGUUUACGUGGAAGUUCACAAUCAGUUCUAAUGUGCUAUUUGAGAUUUGGGUAGAGGAAAAAGAUAUUCAAAUUUUCAGUCAGGAAAAUAUAGUUUCAAUCUUAUAAAUUCUGCCAACACUAUAUAGAUGGAGCUUUUCAUAUAUGUAUUUCGGUCAUGUCAAUGUUAAACUGACUAAUCCCUUUUUCAUGUAAUGACUGAUAGAAAAUGUGGAUUAUGCUUUAGGAAAGCACUAUUCUUCUGCUUUAGAAAUGUACAUGGAAAACUGCUAGCAAAUAAUUCUAAAUUGAAAAAGCAGUGAACAUAAAAAUGCCUACGAAGCUCAGUGACAUAUGUUAACAUUAUUAUUACUAGUGGCUGAUAGAUGUGGCAGCCUGCUAAUAGCCUUUUGUGAAUGAUUCAGAAUAAGCCCUUGAAUUUAACGUUGUCAAGUAAAUCGUCUACAUUAAAGGCACCUUCAGAGAGCCAGUUUGUUGAUUAAUAAAAUGUGCCGCUUUCAGGUGCAUAAACUUGGAGCAAGAAAAAUUGUUGUCUCAGAGGUCAAGCAUCCUUUUUCCAAAAUCCAGUUUCAUCUGAGACUGAAAACACACUUGUGAUUGGGCCCAGCAGAGUAAACUGGACAGCUGUUUCUCAUUCCUGACACGAACAGCUGAUUUUUCCAGUCAGACCUCCACGAUCACAUAUAUUUCUCUUAAACCUUAUCUGAAGGUGCCUUGAAGAAAGUGUAGCAUAUCAAACUAUUUUAAGGCAGCUUUAAGGACCUAGGAAACAUCUUGAUGACUGGCUGUUUAAUUUAUUUAACAGAAGCACUUUAUGAUUCUGCAGCCUUGUCAGGCUGCACCUUCCAUGAAAAAGUACCUCUCCUUUUGUCAUUUCAGAGUCACAAGACCACUGCAGUGUGAUGCGACUUUGUGACCAGUAAUUCCCGGUCUAUCACUUUCAGUCCUGUGUCUGACCCAAUGUGUCCAGGAAAUUUGCACAGAUAGAAUUGUUUAGUCUAAAAUGUUUUCAUUUAGGCAGUUAGGAAUAAUAUGAAUAUUAUUUACUUUUAUUAUUUUCAUUUAUAAAUGAAAGGAGUUCUACGGGGAAUGAUUUGGCUAACUAUCCAAUUUUAAUGUAGACUUCCCAGCUGGAGGCAUGUUAGCAGGUCUUGUUUGGACCUUCUAUUUGUCUAGUACACUGAUUCAUCAACUUGCUCUGAACUAUUCAAAAUUAUUUUUAUCAACCGACUACAUUAAAAUAGUGGCAAUCUUCUGACAUAAAGCAUUUUUUAAGGUUUGGAUCCUUUUACAGAUUUAGCUGAAUCUUUACUUAUGGUCCUUUGGAAAAAUAAUCAUUGUUGUCACUGUUUUGGCUGGAUGAAAUCUUUGUUGUGAUUUGGUGGUGGUGGUGAAGGCAUCACUGACUACACAGUGUCAGAAAAGGAUAAAUGUUAAAAGCUAAAAGAUUCUUAUUUAAUUGAAAAAUAUAAUGUAAGGUUUGUUUUUUAUUUGAAGCAGUUUCAAUUGAAUACUGUGUAUUAAAAAUUGUUUCUGUGGCCUCAACUACUUUUAAAAAUAGUGAACUCUGACCAAAGAUUGAAAUUACAGAAAACAUUUGUAAAGCUCAAAAUUUCAUAACUAGGACUAAAUGCAGCUUACAUAGAUAUAAAAUGCCAAUAUUCCCAGAUGAUAUAAUAAAAAGUAUGGCUAGGAUAAAAUGCAAAUAGGUUAGUAAUCCUUCCUAUUUCCAUAAAAACAUUAUUUCCCCAUUGCUACUUGUUGCCCGAUGAAUAGAUUUAAGCAAACCAAAAAAAGUUUUUUCCAAUCCUAUUGAAAAUGUUAUUUAAUAUGUUGAUAUAUCUAUAUUUUUCCCCAAUGAAGUAGAACUUUGAUUUCAUGUUUUCUUCCAAGCUAGUCAACAUUCUCACUUGCUCUAACUGUUGCACAUUGGGCUAUUUAUGCCUUUUUGAAAGCCUCCUUAAAUUCUUCUUUUCCAAGAGGUUAAAUACAGUCCUCUGCACCCACUAGGCGCUCAAUAAAUACUGUUGCAGAUAACUGACUAAAGUUAGUAGUCAUAGUGUUCAAUAGAAGCUGGGAACAAAUUUUUUCCUACAUUUUUAGAUUUGGAAACAUUAAAGGCAGAUUUCAAAUGCUAAAACAGAAGCAAGUGACCUAGACAUUUUUGAAGAGGAAAGCCAAUUUUUUCCUGAUUCUGUUCUAAACAGAGAGGAAACUUUCUGUUCUGUUUCAAUAGUAUCAUAACAUUUUAAAACAGGGGAAGGAAAUCUGGAAACUAGGGAGAACUCCUGAAAUAACAUCAGCUCGCAAAACAUCAAAGUGGUCACUUGCCUCCCAAGUGUUAAGUCCAGUUACCAAAACCAGAAAGAAUGGCAAUUGACUGGAUCUCUGAUGUCUUGUUUCAAACAUUAAUUAGACCCGCCCUCCAUCCUUCUUUUCAAAUAUGAAAACUUGUAGGUAAUUCCCCCAUGAGCUGGUCCCGAGUGCCAAUGUGAUCUUUUUAGAGGAUAUUAAUUUUGAAGAGUCACAAUCAAAUCAGUAGAUAUAUUCUCAGAGUAGUCACGAAUAAUCUCAAACGAGGAUCCUCUGUUAUCUCCCUUAUAUACACACUUGGCCUUCAGGUAACUAAAUUAUUUCCCGAACAGGUAGCUCUAUGGCUUUUUAAGAAACUGCAUAACAUCCUUCUAAGAGACAUUCAGUGGGGUGGCAAUUAAAUUUCACUAGUCAUCAAGAAGUAAUUUCACACACUUAGAAUUUCCAUGAGCUAAAAAAUACGCUGAGUUGCACUAGUGAAUGUCUAAAUAACAGCAGUAAGCAAUACAAGAACUGAUUGCAAAUCAUAGUCCUACUUUAUGGCUAAAAAAAUGUUUUUCUGACAACCCUUGGACAUUCUAGGCUUUGGGUCUAAGCUUUGAGUGAUAAGAUGCAGCAACUGACCAGAGGGAGUCCCGUUCCUAAACUGGUGGUUGUCUUCCGUUGGUUAUUCAAAUUUUAAAUGCCGUGAUACACCGGUGAGUGAGUGCUCUUGAGUCAGAUUUCAUUUAGGUGGAGUCAAGUAAUUUGAGCCAGUACCUUGUCCCAGUAGUUGUGUACGAAAGCAGGUGAAUGAAUUCAGGCCAGCCUUUCAUUGCCUAUCAACUCCACUUGUACUGACUGCACCGAGUGAAAUCACUCACCAGUGAUACAUGUGUGGGAAGAAGCCAAAAGUGAUGGAAUGGCACAAAAUAAAGUCUGCAGGGCCUAGUUGGCGAUUUUUUAUCUGGGUAGUGAAGAAGAAAGUGAAGUAUAAAAAGGCUGCCUUGGAAAUGGGUUUCCAGAUAAAAGUCAUUUUCCAACUUGAGUAGCACACCAGGAUGGCCUGAUCAGCUCUAGCGGUCCCUAGGGUUAGUUUCAGAGCAGAGAAUAACAAAGCUGCCAAAAAGCUCCUAGUUCUGGUGGCAGUUGGAGUUUUUCCAUUUGAUUCCUACAGGAUAGCCCAUCUCAUCCUGAAGUCAGCUGGCCCUCCUUCCUCCUGUACGUAGAUCACCUGAGUUUGAUGCAGUCGCUGGGAUUACCACACACAGGUAAACCCAAAGAGUGAGAUGUCUUUACUGCUUAUUGUGGCAAAUAAUUAUCCAAAAGCUAUUUCUGAAGUGAUUCCAUAAGUGUAGCCGUAGUCUUGGAAAAUGACCUUCACAUUUGAAUAUGGGAUUUUUUUGUGUGCAACCUGUAUAAUAAUUAUUCUGGAAAAAUGACUUUUUUUAGUAAAAGCUUAUUUUUUUUAUUGUAAAGUAUUUGUAAAAGUGAGUCUUUUGUUUGAUUAAUAAAAAUCAUGUCUUCAAGUUU